CCUCAGAUCAGCUAUGCAUCCACAGCCCCCGAGCUCAGCGACAAUGCCCGCUAUGACUUCUUCUCCCGGGUGGUCCCACCAGAUUCCUACCAAGCUCAAGCCAUGGUCGAUGUUGUGCGGGCUCUGGGCUGGAACUAUGUGUCCACUCUGGCUUCUGAGGGCAACUAUGGGGAGAGCGGGGUUGAGGCCUUUGUGCAGAUCUCCCGAGAAGCUGGAGGCGUCUGCAUUGCUCAGUCGAUCAAAAUCCCCCGGGAACCAAAGCCUGGAGAAUUUGACAAGGUCAUCAAAAGGCUCAUGGAGACGCCUAAUGCCCGGGGCAUCAUCAUCUUUGCAAUCGAGGAUGACAUCAAGCGGGUCCUGGAAGCUGCCCAAAAGGCCAACCUGACAGGCCACUUCCUGUGGGUGGGCUCAGACAGUUGGGGGGCUAAGACCUCCCCCAUUCUGAACGUUGAGGAUGUGGCAGUGGGUGCCAUCACUAUUCUUCCCAAGCGGGCUUCCAUUGAUGGGUUUGACCAGUACUUCACCACCCGCUCCUUGGAGAACAACCGGCGCAACAUCUGGUUUGCCGAGUUCUGGGAGGACAACUUUAACUGCAAGCUGACGACGAGCUUUGGUGCCCAAUCUGAUGAUGCUGCCACCCGCAAGUGCACGGGUGAAGAGAGGAUUGGGCGAGACUCAGCCUACAAGCAGGAGGGCAAGGUGCAGUUUGUGAUUGACGCCGUCUACGCCAUCGCUCAUGCCCUCCACAGCAUGCAUCAGGCUCUGUGUCCAGGCUACACUGGGCUUUGUCCUGCCAUGAGCCCCACCAAUGGGCGCACACUCCUGCAGUACAUCCGAGCAGUUCACUUCAAUGGCAGUGCAGGGACCCCUGUGAUGUUCAAUGAGAAUGGGGACGCCCCUGGGCGCUAUGACAUCUUCCAGUACCAAGUGACAAACGGCAGUGGAGGCUACCGUGCUGUGGGCCAGUGGACUGAAUCCUUGAAGCUCAAUGUAGAAGAAUUGGAGUGGUCAGGCAGCCCCCUGCUGCCACCGACUUCCCUGUGCAGCCUCCCAUGUGGGCCUGGGGAGCGAAAGAAGAUGGUGAAAGGUGUCCCCUGCUGUUGGCACUGUGAACCUUGCGAUGGCUACCGCUACCGGGUGGAUGAAUUUACCUGUGAGGCCUGCCCAUUAGGAGCCAGGCCCACACUGAAUCAUACUGGCUGUCGGCCCACACCUGUCAUCCGCCUUGACUGGGCCUCUCCCUGGGCUAUCCCGCCCCUCCUGCUGGCUGUGGCAGGCAUUGCAGCUACUGCCUCUGUGCUGGUCACCUUUAUAAGGCACCACAAUACCCCCAUUGUCCGGGCCUCAGGCCGUGAGCUCAGCUACAUCCUCCUCACGGGCAUCUUCCUCAUCUACGCCAUCACCUUCCUCAUGGUGGCUGAGCCAGGCCCUGCCAUCUGCGCUGCCCGACGCCUCCUUCUUGGGCUGGGCACCGCCCUGAGCUACUCUGCCCUGCUCACCAAGACCAACCGCAUCUACCGCAUCUUUGAGCGUGGCAAGAGGUCUGUCACUCCCCCACCCUUCAUCAGCCCCACCUCACAGCUCGUCAUCACCUUCAGCCUGACUUCUGUGCAGGUCAUAGGUGUAGUAACCUGGUUGGGUUUCCAGCCACCACACAGUGUCAUCGACUACGAAGAACAGCGGACACCAGACCCGGAACGAGCUCGGGGGGUCCUCAAGUGUGACAUGUCAGAUCUCUCCCUGAUUGGCUGCCUUGGCUACAGCCUGGUGCUCAUGGUGACCUGCACGGUCUAUGCAAUCAAAGCUCGUGGGGUUCCAGAGACAUUCAAUGAGGCGAAGCCCAUUGGCUUCACCAUGUACACCACCUGUAUCGUGUGGCUUGCCUUUGUCCCCAUCUUCUUCGGCACAGCCCAAUCUGCCGAGAAGAUAUACAUCCAGACGACAACACUGACUGUGUCGAUGAGCCUCAGUGCCUCGGUCUCCCUGGGGAUGCUCUAUGUGCCCAAGGUGUACAUCAUCAUCUUCCGUCCUGAGCAGAAUGUUCAAAAGCGCAAACGAAGCUUCAAGGCAACCUCCACCCUGGUAGCCCCCAGUGAGGAGGGCAGCACUGCCAAGUAGCUAGAGGAAGAAGGCUG